AUGGCGUACAUCAAAGAGGAGGCGCAGCCAGAGACCCCCUAUAUGAAAGAAGAAGAACAGGAAUAUGAAAUUAUCACGUUUCCAUUGACUGUCAGUGUGAAGAGUGAAGAAGAUAAGGGUCCAAGCCAAGAGAAGAAAUCUAACAAGACACACAAAAACCCACUCUACGGAGAAACCAUUUUCCUGAGCGGUUUGCGAAAAAAAACGUUCUGCUUCCGGUUCACUUCACGGCUUCACGCAACAUUGGCGUAUUCAAGACAGGCUUGCAGCACUUUCGAAAACCCUUCUUCUGACCCAAAGCGCUCCUUACAGGUCUUCUCAUCGGAUAAGCACCGAAACGUCACUGAAAAAAAUCUUCCCUCUGAGAAGCACAACCCCACCCACGUUACACAGGAGAAGGAGUCGGGCAUGUCGUACAUCAAAGAGGAGGCGCAGCAGAAGACCAACUACAUGAAAGAAGAAGAACAGAAAGAUGAAAUCACCACGUUUCCGUUGCCUGUCAGUGUGAAGACUGAAGAAAAUAGAAGUCCAAGCCAAGAGAGCAGCGGAGAAAAACUGGCGAGCAGCAGCUCUUUUCAACACCUGACAACAAAAGAUAUCACUGAAGAUGAUCUUCCCCUUGAGAAGCACAAGCCCACCCACGUUACACGGGAGGAGUCGGAACAGUAUAUCAAAGAGGAGGCGCAGCCAGAGACCAACUACAUGGAAGAAGAACAGAAAGAUGAAAUCACCCCGUUUCCAUUGACUGUCAGUGUGAAGACUGAAGAAGAGGAAGGUCAAAGCAAAGAGAGCAGAGGAGCAAAGCCAGCGAGCGGCAACUCUUUUCAAGACCUGACAAUAAAUGGUGAGGGAUGUUCGCAACCGGACAGCCUGAUAGCGCCACUUUCGGACAGCGACAAUGUAACAUCACACUCUACUGAAACUAAUACUGAUGAGGAGGAUGUUGACUUUGACCCAAAGUCUUCGAAAUCGUCAAAAAAGUCAUUAUUGGAAAAAGACACAAAAGAAUGCACGGGUGGGAAACCUUUUGCCUGCUCACUCUGCGAUAAAAGAUUUUGUCUGAAGAAACAUUUAACAAGACACACGAAUACACACACUCGAGAAAAGCGUUACGUCUGCACAUGUUGUGGUAAAAGAUUCGCAGAAAAGGGAGAACUAAACAAUCACACACGAAUACACACUGGAGAGAAGCCUUUUGCCUGCUCACUUUGCGAUAAAAGAUUUUGUUGGAAGCAACAGUUAACAAUACAUGCAAGAACACACACUGGGGAGAAGCCUUUUGCCUGUUCAAUUUGCGAUAAAAAAUUCUCUCAGAAGGGACAUUUGACAUCACACACAAGAACACACUAGGGCUGUCCCAAACGACUAAUUUUCUCCCGAUUAGUCAGCCGACUAUUUUUACGAUUAGUCGACUAAUCUAAUAAUUAAAAAUAAUAAUAAUAAUGUUGUUUUUGUUUACUAAUUUAGCAAUGAAAUUUUUGUUGACGCUUAUCAAUUCACAAAAAACAUAUUGGAACACUUAAAUUAUUUAUUAAAGUACAAAUAAACACAUAAAUAAUAAUAAAUCACAAAUAAACAAUUAGUUCAAAUGCUGAUAGAAUUUACUAGUGUAGCAUCCCUGAUUGAAAAGGUGGUCUCUUAAACUGAUGGUUUACAACUUUUAUUCCAUCCUUGAUGUAAUCACACUGUAAGAGCUAUGGUGCACACAAAUAAAACAACACAAUAAGAAAUUAACAAAAACUUUUCACCUUUUUCCUUUUAAACCUUAUUUAUAUAUCAGUGAAUUGCCUUUACCUUAAUUUAUUACCUUAUCAUUGACAAUCUCUCCCUUGAGUGCAAUCACUGUAUAUACUGUAUAUAUUUAUGACCUUUUAACCUUAUAUAAUUUUCUAUACCAUAAAAUAAACCAUAACAUGAAAUAAACCUUUCAGUCAGCAUUAAGGACAAUACUAACAGCACUAUGGGCCCAUUGUCAAUGAAACGUUAUUAUUCAGUAAGGCGACAGCACCCUCUGGUGUACAAAAAAAAGAAGAAGAAAAAAAUUACAAACGG